CACGUAAUUUACUAGAAUCUCCGCAUCAAUUUCCCCAGAAGCGAAUCGAGUGAAAUGGAUCAGAUGACAAGACGGCAGACAUUCACUUUAUACGGAAACUGUUGGGAUGGAAUUUCGCCGGAACUUCAUCAAUAAAGUGCUAAGAAAGAAGAAACAACCAAUCAUGGCAUCAGAUAUAUUACAGGGGCUCGAGAUACAUUUUUACCUACCAGACAAACAUCCGAUCAUUCACCUUGAAGAAAGUUUCACAGCAGAGGAACUGUGUGUUGAGGCGGCCAAAAAACUGAGUAUAUCUCCACUGUGUAGCAGUUUGUUUGCUCUCUAUAAUGAAUAUACCAAGAUCUGGUAUCCACCCAAUUACUCCUUUAACAUUGACAAUUCAACAAGACUAAAGCUGUUCUAUCGCAUGAGGUUUUACUUCACAAACUGGCAUGGGAACAGCAAGACUUCUCCUCCAGUAUUCAGACAUAGCCUCAAAAAUGCAGCAGGAUCCACAGGCACAGCUGUUCUGGAUGAAGCGUCGCUCAAGUACCUCUACGCACAGGGUCAGCAUGACUUUCAGAGUGGUCUGGCACCGCUGCGGGAUGCUCAGGAUGAGAACGAUGCCCAGCAGAUAGAGAAUGAGUGUUUGGGUAUGGCUGUAAUGGCCAUUUCACAUAAUGGCAUUGAAAGAAAUCUUUCCAUCUGUGAACUACCCAAAGAUUUUGAGUACAAGAAUUACAUUCCCAGGACUCUGUACCAGUCCAUACGCGAGAGGAACAUUUUCACACGCUUGCGCAUCAACAACGUCUUCAAAGUAUUUCUGAAGAAAUUUAACAUAAACACAGUUAAAGGCGGCAAUAUUUGUCCUUAUGACUUGGAGAUCAAAUAUAUAUCCACUCUAGAGACUUUAACAAAGCACUUUGGUCAGGAGCUAUUUCAGCCCUCCUCACUGGUCAUAUAUGAGAAUGAGGAAAUGCUCACAGAUUCCAGCUGUGAGGCCGGUGUUCACAGUGAGAUCCUGGUGUCUGGAACAACUGGCAUUCAUUGGCGCAAAAUCUUCACUGAGGUGUUUUCAGAUCAGUGGAAGUACAAAUCAAAAAGAGGUCAAAAAGACACCAAUAAACUGAGUAAACAACCAAGCAGUGAUGCAGAAGUGGAGAGAUGGACACUUUUCUCAGACUUUCAUGAGAUAACACACAUUGUCAUCAAAUGCUCUUUGGUCACAGUUUACAGACAGGAUGACAGAAAGAUGGAGUUACACUUAGCUUCCCAUGAAGAGGCUUUGUCUUUUACCAGUCUUGUAGAUGGAUACUUCAGGUUGAGAGUAGAUGCACAUCAUUUUCUGUGCAGGGACGUGGCACCAGUCUCAUUGGAAAUGAACGUUCAAGAGGGCUGCCAUGGACCAAUAAAUUCUGAAUAUACAAUCCACAAGCUUAAACAGGAAGGUUAUGAAGAGGGAAUGUACCUGCUACGCUGGAGCGGUCAAGACUAUGAUAAUAUUCUCAUGACGGUCAUAUGCAAAGAGGAUUGUCAUAGCGGCAUUACCAAAACCUUCAAGAACUUUCAGAUAAAAGUGAGCUCAGGGGGCUUCCUCUUGACCGGGACAAAUGUACAGAAGCCCACUUUGAGAGAGCUGACGGACCACCUGUCCGGACAGUGUCUCACAACAGAACACACCAGCCUGAAACUUGAUCGCGGAUGCCCACCCCAACCGAGAGAGCUUUCAAAUCUCAUCAUGACAACCAGUCAGGACUCCGUAUCACCACCUUCUUUCUUCAACAAUCUCGUCUUCCAUAGGAUUCUCAAAGAGGACAUCAUUCAGGAGACACACCUGGGCCAGGGCACUCGUACUAACAUCUAUGCUGGGAAACUGAAGUUAAAGAAUGAUGAUGAAGGGUUUUCAGAUUACGAGGAAGUCGAUGUGGUUUUAAAGGUGCUGGGGGCAGGACACAAGGACAUUUCUGCCUUUCUGGACACAGUGAGCACAAUGCGACAGAUAUCCCAUAAACACAUGGUUGUAAUGUAUGGAAUAUGCAUGAACAGCAUGGACAUUAUAAUGGUGGAAGAGUUCAUUCAGCACGGCCCUUUGGAUCUCUUUAUGAGAAAUCAUCGCUCGGACCUCACACCCUAUUGGAAAUUUCAAGUUGCAGAGCAACUUGCCAGUGUCCUAAGUUAUUUGGAGGACAAAAAGCUCACACAUGGCUAUGUCUGCGCCAAAAAUGUUCUGUUGAAGCGGGAUGGUCUGGAAGAACAGGGAGGUCCCUACAUUAAACUAAGUGAUCCUGGAGUGCCAACCACUGUACUCAACAGAGCAGAGUGUAUUGACAGGAUUCCCUGGAUUGCCCCGGAGUGUGUUAACAACUCCAAGUCACUGAGCAUUGCAGCAGACAAAUGGGGCUUUGGAACCACACUAUGGGAGAUCUGCUACAAUGGAGAGCUGCCACUGCGUGACAAGAAACUAUCAGAGAAAGAGAGAUUUUACGAGGUACGGGGCAUACUGGUCACUCCCAGCAUCAGUGAACUGGCAGAUUUGAUCUCUCAGUGUAUGAACUAUGACCCUAUGAAGAGACCAUUCUUCAGAGCCAUAGUGAGAGAGCUCGACCGCAUUAAAGAACAGCGCGAGCAGGAACCUACAGAACCUAUUAUAUCUGGAGUAAUUCCUCCACAGGAGACUGAUCCUGCAGAUUUCAAGAGAAGAUUCCUCAAGAAAAUCCGAAAACUUGGAGAGGGUAACUUUGGAAUGGUGGAGCUGUGUUUGUACGAUCCUAAUGGAGAUCAGACGGGUGAGCUGGUAGCAGUCAAAUCCCUGAAAUCAGAGAAUGAGAACAGCAAUCUUAGGCGAGAGAUCAACACAAUCAGAAACCUGUUCCAUCCAAACAUUGUCAAAUACAAAGGCAUCUGCAGCGAAGAGGGAGGAAUGAACAUCAAGCUCAUUAUGGAGUAUUUGCCUGCUGGAAGUCUGAAAGAUUACCUGCCCCGCAACAAAGCCAGCAUCAACCAGAAGAGACUGCUGCUUUAUGCUCUCCAAAUAUGUCAGGGGAUGGACUACCUGGGAUCUCAGAACUACAUCCACAGGGACCUGGCAGCAAGAAACGUGUUAGUAGAGAAUGAGUCUCAGGUGAAGAUCGGAGACUUCGGUCUGACUAAGAGCAUCAAAGAUGAUAAGGACUAUUACACUGUGACCGAGGAACAGGACAGUCCAGUGUACUGGUACGCUCCUGAAUGUCUGAUUAAUCGAAAGUUCUAUAAGGCGUCUGAUGUCUGGUCAUUUGGAGUGGCGUUAUAUGAGCUUAUGACCUAUUGUGACCGCGAGAGCAGCCCUCCCCAGAUAUUUAUGCAGAUGAUUGGCCGCUCUCAUGGGCAGAUGACCAUGGCCAGAAUAGUGAAGGCCCUUGAGGACGGACGAAGGAUGCCGUGUCCCCCGUCCUGCCCUGAUAUGGUGUACACCCAGAUGCGCAGGUGCUGGAGUUAUGCCCCAGAAGAGAGAGUGGACUUCAAGGGUUUGAUUAAAGAGUUUGAGUUUCUCCUCUCGAGAGAAAACAUCUAGCCUUGCAAAUCGCUAUCCAAAGUCAUGCUAAAAAUAGAUUUAUGAUAUCGUAGAUUUGUGGAAUAUAACACUUGUCAUUAUAUGAUUAAUGCAUGUUAAUUAUAUAAAGUUCAAUAUCUACCAUUAUUGACAGCUCAACAAUGCAACUAUAGACUAUUGGUCAAAACUUUCGGAUCAGAUGCAAACUCCUUCAAUAAAGCAUCAUACGCCCUUUUCACACACAGAUUAUGUAAAAUAAGUACGGGAUUUGUUCGGGAAUCGUUUCAUUUUGGUUCACACUGCCAAUGAAUUUACGUAAUCUGUGCGUUAAUUCACACCAAUCCAUAAAGACGUGUUUUUGUUCUUAUUGGCUGUGUUUACAUGCACAAAUUUUUGUCAAUCCGACUGAAUUUUAUACGAUUGAAGAUUAUGACAAUACAGUUUACAUGCACCCUAAACAUUGCAAUCUGAUUAAAAUGUUCAUUUACAUGUACAUUCUAUAUAAUUCAAACUGAGCGUCUGCGCAAGCACACAGCCAGGGUUGCAACCAUCCCAAUGGACAUUCAAAACUAGCUCUGAAGCAUCCAAAUGAAUAUUCACAGUCCAUAUAACAAUAACUAAUGAACAAAAUCCUUUUAUCUUUAAUCCGCAUGAAAAAAACAACCCACAGAGACAGUUUAAAGUAGCCAAAUCUGAACUAAAAAAGCAGAGGACUUGGCAACGCCACUCAGCGCACAGCAUCUCUUUCGUCGAGUUCAAGCUUUAUCUCUGGAUAAAUGUACAAAGCUGGGUUGGAGUCAUAAUACGAUUUGUAAUCAAUACGAUUACAAACGGAUUAUUUGGUUGAAUGUAAACGUACCUACUGAAGGCUCUCUUUCGGCCAAUUUUAACAAAAUUUUCUAGGAUCAAAAUGCUGUGUGAAUGGGUUUAUAGGGUGAUGCAUUGAAAAGCUGCUUGAGAAAAUGCCAAAAGUACUUUUCUGCAGAUCACAGACAGAAAUCCCAUAACUCAAAUUAUGUUAUUACAUAGUUUUGAUGAAUUUACACAUUUUCUAUAAUGUGGAUAAAAUAUGAAUGCAGACCCUUAAAAUUUGACCAAUAGUAUUUUUACAAUAUGGCAUGGCCUGUGUCCAUUAUUGCUUUUAUAAACUGUUGAUAAACUCUGACAUGUAAAUGUAUAAAUGUUAAGGUUAGUAGAUGGUUAGUAGUCAGUGUAUUUUACACAGCUGAAACAGUUAUUUGACCAACAGCAUCCAGGACUGUCUAGCUAAAGCCAUGUUUUAUAAUGAAAGACUAAUGCUUUGUAUGUUAAAUGCUAUUUUCUUUUCAAACCAUUUAUAAUAUUUCAUCUACCUCCUGUCAUGAAAACAGACUGUAUUCAAUUUAGGUUUACUCAACAUUUAACCCUCACUAAAAACAGUAUCAUAUAUCAAGUUGAAAUUAUGUAAGUGUAACUCGCAGAAGAUUCUCAAAGCAAGCAUAUCUGGUACGUUUUACUGGAGUGUUUCAAUAACAUGCUUCUUCUUGAGCUUCCAUGAGAGUAAUGAUUUCUGCAUUUGUAUGCUUUUUCUGCAAAAUUUUAAUUCUUUAAAGAAAUAAAGUAUUUUUAUAUGGUA